GAUGGGCCAAAGCCUGAGCAUGCAGAAAUGUGGAAAUCCAAACAAAUCUUCAGAAGACAGUGAGCACAUGACCCCUUCUGCCUUCAUGCAGCAGAUGUCUCUGACUACACAUGACAGACUUGCACUACUAACACAGUCACGUACACAGUCACAGAGAUUUAUAAUUCAGACUGGGGAUGCAAGUGGGAGGAAUGACAACAUUGGUUUUGAACCAAUACCAUCAGAGAUUGUGUUCCAGAACUUUCAGCCAUGCGAGAUGUAUGAAAUCCCCUUCAUGCUCCGUAACAGGGACAAGGUUGGCAGAUCAGUGCACGUGACACUAGCAGACUCACCAUAUUUCAAAAUCAUCUGUCAUGGUGGUUCUGGACAGAAAGUAGCACCAGGGAUGACAGUAUCAGUCUCUGUGAGGUUCACGGCACAGGAGAACAAGGACUACAGCCACGAGCUUGUGUGUCGCACCGAUAGAGAGACAUUCACGAUCCCAAUCAGGGCGAUCGGUCCACGUGCAGUGCUAGACUUCCCUGACGUCGUCCAGUUCCCCAGUGUUCCCGUCAAGCAUCCGGCCAGCAAGACAUUUCUCCUGCGCAACAUUGGCCGCUGCGAGGCCAAGUUCUCGGCACAUGCCGACAGGCCUUUUUCCGUUGAGCCAUCGACCGGAUUGCUUGCAGAGGGUGACUCCCUUCAAGUAACCAUACAGUUUACACCGAGCUUUGCGGGCGACCACUCCAGCUGGAUGGAUGUGUCCUAUGAUACAGGCGAGCGCGUGCGGGUGAUGCUGCACGGCUCCGCGGCGGAUGCCAACGUGCGCCUCGACAGGAGCUCAGUGCGCAUGGAGAGCACGUCGGUGUCGCGCAGCAGCGAGCGCACGGUGACGAUCCACAAUCGCAGCGGCUUCAUCGCGCGCUACCAGUGGAAGCCGCACGCCACGCCUCAGGAGGAAGAGCUGCAGAAGAACAGAUUCUAUGCAGAACUGGAGAAUUCUGAAACCUCUGAGCUCUCCCAGUUCAUGCAAGAAUGCCAAGUGGACCCCACCAUGAUCAGUCAAUUGCCUGUGCUUAGCCGCACUUACCAACACCGAAAAAGGAUCGUCGAGGGGGACAGCAUGCUGUUCACCCACAGUGCCUUCACCGUCAGCCCCCAGCAGGGAGAAAUCUGGCCAAACUCGAGCGCGGACGUGACAGUGACGUUCACGCCGCGGGCCGCCCGGCUGUGCACGACCAUCGCGUACUGCGAGGUCACGGGUCGCGAGUCCCGCCUUCCACUGCGCAUGACGGGGGAAGGCGUCGGACCCAAGGUGCAGCUGUCGUACGAUGUGGUAGACGUUGGCAAGGUCUUCAUCGGUUCUAGACACUCGUACGAGGUGGUGCUGGCGAACAAGGGCGACAUUGACGCAACUUGCUCGUGGUUGCCCUCCACGUCGACGUUUGGUAAGCAUUUUAGCUUUGUGCCGGCUGAAGCCGUCAUCCAGCCGAAGAACUAUCAAUCCGUCCUCGUCGUCUUCACGUGUUCGACACUAGGAGAAUUCGCCGAAGAGUUCCUCCUGGCCGUGAACAACUGCGAGGAACCACUUCGCAUUUCGUUCAAGGGAACAGUGAUUGGACCCUCAUUCCACUUUGACAAAUCAGUGCUGGAUUUUGGAAAAGUCUCCUAUGGUUUUGAGAAUACAGCUAUUGUGAAACUCUUCAACACGUCCCUAGUGGCCAUGAAAUUCAACCUGAGAAUUUCUCAAGACGAAGACGCCGAGUUCACAGUAGCGCCAUCUACGGGCUCUGUUGCAGCACAAAGCUCAGAAAAUAUAAAGGUGAGUUUGAUUGUCAAGAACAUCAGAAAAUAUGAAACAUCACUGGUUGUGGAUGUCGAUGAAAUCGGAUCAGAUAUGCUGGCUCUUCCAAUUUCUGCUAGGUCUGUUGUGCCUGUCAUUGAGGUAGUGGAUAGCAGAGUACAGUGUGGUCGCUGCUUCAUCGGCUGUCCAUACCGCUGUGCAAUACAGCUGAGAAACUGCAGCAACCUUCCUGGCAGAUACAGCGUUCGUGCACAGAACCAGCAUCUAGACGAGAUCACAUACACCUGUGCUGAGCCGGAGGGUGAAAUACCACCGCUAUCUCUAAAAGCAGUACCGAUAGUGUUUGAGAUGAAGAGCCUGGAUUCUGUAUCUGCCAUCGUCUCUGUACAGGUCGAUGGUGUUGAGGCAGCGCCCCUGCAAGCCAAGUUGUGCUGUAUUGGAGAAGGUCCCGUGGUACAUUGCUCGGUCCUGUCACUGGACUGGGGCGUUACUCCUGUGCUCACACACAUCAAGAAGACUGUCACAUUAUCAAAUGAAUCUCUAAUUCCAGCAGAAUUCGUUGCUUACAUGUUGCGGCCUGGCUCGGUAUGGAAGAUAAACCCAGAUGGCGCUGUAGUCAAUCCACGCGAAUCGCUGGAGCUUACUAUAACUGCGUACCUGGAUGACAGUGUCCGAUUUCAGGACAGAGUCCAGAUCGACAUCGAGAACGGUCAGUCGAUCACCAUCCCGACCUCGGCCAUCGGUCAGGGCACAACGAUCGUGUCCGAGCCACCGCUGGGACCCGUUGCCGACCUCGGCUACCACUUCAGCAACUUCCCGCUCUCGCGCAAAUACCGGCUAACGAACCGCGGCCGCCGCCACCACCAGAUCACGUGGAGUACGGCCGGCCACCUGCCCCCGGGCGAGAGCGCCGACGUCGAACUCGUCGCACUCAGCCGGCGCCCCCUGGCGGCUGCCGAGCGCCUGCUUUGCCACGCGAUCAUCGGGCGCUGCAGCGGCAAGGAGCGCGUGAUGGCCGUCGACGUGCGCGCCGAGUUCGUCAGCCCCCUGGUGGCGUUCUCGACGAAGCAGCUGCUCUUCAGCGUGCGGCUGCCCGCUGGCGGCGCCCUCUGCGUACAGACGCGCGAGCUCGUCCUCGAGAACGUCUCGUCGCUGUUGCUGUCGCCGCGGUUACGCGCCGACCACCCGUUCGGCCUUGUUGCUGCCGACGACGAGACGACGCACGAGAUGACGCUCGCGCUCGAGCCGGGGGCGUCGCGCGCCGUCGCCGUGCGCUUCGACCCGUCGUACCGGGACGACCGGCACAGCAGGGUCGCCGAGAGUUCGCUGACCGUCACGUACGCGCAGCAUCCGCACGUCGACAGCGUGGCGCUGCGCGGCGAGGUCGGCUUCCCAAACCUGCGCUUCGAGCGGCGCGCCGUCGACUUCGGCUGCGUGCUGAACGGCACGGAGACGACGCGGCGCGUUACGGUGACCAACACGAGCCCCGUGCCGGUGAGCUACGCAUGGUCGUUCCACGUCGACCCGCACGACCCGGGCAUCACGCGCGCGCGAGCCGGCACGCCCCCCGUCACGCGGUGCUCCUCGCCUCCACAGAUUAAACGUGCAAGAGUGGCAUUUGACGAUGUGCCUGAGAGGAUCCCCAGCACAAGGAUGAGUUCAGUGUGUCGGUGGGGAGGCAGCAUGGGGGCCAGCCCUACCAUGCAGCUGUGGGAGAACGUUGUUUGUGAUAACAGCGCGCUGACCAUUCCAGAGGUGUUCGACAUCCUGCCGCUGCGGGGGAGCCUGCAGCCGGGCGAGAGCGACGUAGUCACGCUCAGCUUCUUCGGACACGAGGACGUGGUCGCUACGGCACUGGCUGCGUGCGAGGUCGACGGCGGGCCGACAUACGAGCUGCAGCUGAGCGGCGCCGCCUCGGACAUGUGCUAUGAACUCACCGGACAGGACAUCGAUUUUGGAAAGCAGAUGUUCGAUCAGUGGUCAUCUGCAGAGGUGACCUUGAGAAACAUUGGUCAGGUCGGUUUCAACUUCUCCGUCCAAGAUCCAGAGAAUGAGGAACGGAGGGAUGAUGUAAGGAGCAAGAUGGGCAUAUCUGUCAUUGUACCGAACAGUGGUUUCUUAGCGGCAGACGACAGUUGCGUGUUUACGGUGAAUUUCCUGCCGGGUGUGCCAGACUCCUUCUGCAAAUCUGUAAAGAUUCAGGUGGGCCAUUUCGAACCAGAGAUCGUGACUAUCAGAUGUGAAGGAGUGUUCCAACGGCUGACAUUGGAUCUCCCUCGACAGAAAACUGAGCCAUACCAGAUGGUUGCGGAGAAAGUAAACCAUCCAUUAAAUACGCCACCUAGUGAGCUGGAAGCAGUAGAGCAAUCUGAGGUGGAGCAUCUACUUGUGCGAGAGCAUGCACUUAUGCAAGCAUUACAGACCAAACCUAAACCUGAGGAUGUUCUACACACAAAUAACCAGCAGUGCCAAAGCUCAGUGCUGAAAGUUAAGCUUCCCGGGUAUAACAUGGACCUAGGUUACAUCGUCAAGGGCAGAGUGCACACUGGAGGGAUUCGUGCAACCAAUACAGGGAGUUUUCCUGUGUCCUUCCAUGCAGGCCGGAUGGAACGAGGCAGACAGGAAUUGAGGGUGAAUCCACGAAGGGUUAAAGCCCUACCAGUAGGAGAGACAGUCGACCUAGAGAUCACUCUAGACACUUCGGUAGACAGUGUGGAACUUGGCCAGUACACGGCUGAUAUUCCCAUCCAAAUACCUGGAGGCGCAUCACUACAGGUGCAUCUGUCGGCAGUCGUCACCGAGCCGCGUCUGCUCGUCUCCGCCACCAACGUGCGCUUUGAUUCGGUCAAGGUCGGCGAGCGGCGCGUCGUCACACUGCAGCUGCACAAUGACAACAUGGUCGCCUGUUCGUGGUCGGCGGUGCUCGGUGGCUCCAGCAGAAGGAGCUCAGCAAUCCUUCGUGACUUCCCCAUCGAGUUCUACUGUCUGGAAAUGGAUCGUCAGUACCUGGAGGAUGAACAGAUGCUGCGCAUGAUGCCGGAGUAUUCCGAAUCGCCGCACCUCCUGCUUCCUCCGUGGGAGCCCGGCGGCAAGUUCCCGCCGGAGAUCGUCGAGUACUGCGCCGCCAAACGCCACUGCCUCGCCGCCGACGACCCCGACGACCCCGACGCGAUCCCCUGCGAGCCGACGCCGGCGGGUGCGCUGUCGCCGGCGGAGCUCGCCGUCGCCCGACACGUCGGCGUCGACGCGUCGGCGGAGGCACAGGCGAGCGCGCGACGUCGCGGCGUCGCUGUUAUCGUUCACGGCGCGCCGACGUCGGGCAAGACGGCGUGCGCGGCAGCGCUGGCCGCGCGGUACAGCGCGGCGGUGGUCAGCGUCGACGUGACGGUGAUGGAGGCGGUCGCGGCGCGGGCAACGGCGGCGGGACGCGCGGCGUGGGAGGCAUGCGCCGCCGCGAGCCACGUGAAGAAGGAGCACGAGAGGGAACUCGAGAAGAUGGUCAUCGAGGGAUUCGGCGGCAAGGUGGUGCCCGGCUCGGGUGUAUCCACGCCGAGCUCGCGCAAGGCGAGUAACCUGAGUGCGAGCCAGGUGCAGAAGAAGGUCUACAAGGAUUCGAAGGAGGCGGCGGGCGGUGGAAAGAACCAGUCGGCCAUCGACGAGAACGCCAUCGCCAUCGACAACAUGGUGGCGCCAUCGUCGCAGCCGCUGCCGAUACUCGACGAGUUCGGAAACGCACUGUACAGCUGCGCGCUGCCCGAGAGCGUGCUCGCUGACAUACUAGCUGAUAGGCUGCAGCAACCCGACUGCUACAGAGGGGUCGUGUUUGACAGCCUGCAGACGCUGUUUUCGAGUCACCCUUCGAGCACCGUCACCGCUGUGCUGAAGGCCAUCAACAACCGUAAACACAUCCACUUCCUCACGCUGCACUUCGACGAGAACAAGCUCAAGCAGAAGCAGCAGCUCGAAUGGGAGCAGAAAGUAUCCAGAAGUAAUCCACAAGAUGAGGAAAACUCGGACAACAUGGCCUGUUUCAACAUCGUCAACAACAGCAUGACGAAGACGGAGGUGAACAUUUGCUUCCAGAAGGACGUCACGGGUAAGACGUUCCUGCUUGAGCAAUCCACCCCGCUCUUACAACCAGGAGAGAACCACAUCACGCUGGAACCAGGCGAGUCGAAGCCUGUGCGUCUGUGGGCGUACCCAAAGUCGGUCGACAUGGAAGAGGAAGUAUUGCUGUGCUGUGUGAAGGACAAUCCUGAGGUCGUCCGCUUUCCCAUCUGUUGCCGGGGACUACGGCCAGAGCUGACCAUCAUCAAGAAGAUGCUGUCGUUCGACAGAGUACUACUACACAGAAAGGAAACCAAGACACUCUACCUUAAAAAUCAGACUCAGCUGCCAUUCCGCUGGAAAUUGUCUGGCCAAGAAACGCUAGGUGAAGACUUUACAUUUCCCGUUGAUAGCGGAGUGGUGGAACCAUUGUCAGAGUUUGCCUUGCACGUGAAUUUCCGUGCAGUAAAGCCUUCGAUUGUGAAAAAAGCCAUUCGAAUCGAGGUAUUCGACAUGGACCAGAUUCUUGGUCUAGUACAAACUGAGAACAUUCAAAUCCAGGCAGAAGGCUAUGACGUUGCUUUGGAUAUGACUUUUCCAAAAGGCACGGAUGGCGGUCUGGAUUUCUCCACCACGCGGGUGUUUGACGACUCCAAACAGUCGUGCUCACUGAAGAACAAGGGCAAGUACGAGAUCGGAUUCAGCUUCCAGUGGCAGACGACCGAUCUGCUCAUCGACAAUUUAGAAGAAAUGUUCUCCGUCGUGCCCGCCAGGGGGAGCCUCGGGCCGAACGACAGACCUUUGCAGGUUUCGUUCGUGUUCAGACCAACACAUGUGGUGAUCAUCAAAGAGGAACCUAUACUGAAAUGUUUUAUCAUCGAAACAAACCUUGGCCAAGAUGGACAGACGGUGGCCUGCAUUCCUAUUAAGAUUAGUGCCAAAUCAACUUUUAGCAGGUAUGGGAUUGUUCCCACCAACGACACCCACUUCGGUGCGCUGGCCGUCGGAGCCAGGAAGGUGAAAACCUUCAGCAUUGAGAACACAGGCGAGUUUGACUUCAAGUACACGAUCAGCAAGCUGGUUCGCAUCGAUACUCCCAUCCGCCAGAGGGCGCUACCCGAGGAGGCGCGGCCGCCGCGGUCGCGGGAGGGCGUUGGGUCGGGGAAGCGUGUCGCGCGUCGUGAUUCGCUGUCAUCGACGGCCGGCACGCAGCAGCUGGGCACGCCGAAACCUGCCGUGAACAAGCAGCUGAGACCGGCACAGGAUCUGAUUACGACCCAGAGUAGGCUUAUUCUCGGCAUGUUCACCAUACAGUCAGCGUUCGGCACGGUAUAUCCUGGUCAACAGCAAGUAGUCAAUGUCGAAUGUGCACCUGAGGCUGUGGGUUAUUCAGAAGAGGAGUUGGCUGUCAACAUUACCGACAGAAACCCUGAUGAUUAUCCAUACGGAAUACCAUACAAGCUGAUAGCAGAUGCAUGUGUUGCCAGCAUAAACACCACUGAUGUUGGCGACAUCUUUGAAGAACACAUGGUCUGCAAGAGCCUGGCCGUGUUUGAGAGGUUCAGCCAGGGACGUGAUAGUAGUGGUGGAGUGUAUUGCGAAGAGGAGGGUCGGUUUGUUUUUAGAGGAGUCACUGUGGGCAAGAAACAAAUGGCACGCUUCAAGAUCACUAAUAUAAGCAAGAUCGCUUGCGACGUGAUAUUCUCGCUGAAGUCGACCGGUCCAAAGCAGACGGCGCGCGGUCAGGACAUAUUCGAGGUCGACGCGUCGCGACAGCUCGUGGCCGCCUGCAGCGCCACCUACGCGACUGUGUCGUUCACGCCGACGUCGAUCCAGCCGUACAGCGCCACGUUUGAGGCGCACGUGGAGGGGGGAGGGAAGGACGCCGAUCGCGUGCUGGCGUUUGAAGUGUAUGGCGACGGAAGCCUGCCACAGGUGACGGUGGUACAACCAUCACUGUGCAACAAGGAAGGACAACCAAUGCUGCAUUUUCCAAGAACUCUCCUUGGCCGGUCUCGCACAUUGACGGUCGUGCUGAAAAACGAGGGCACGCUUUCUUCUAAGGUCUCCCUCGACCUUGAACCCGACGGCGAGCCCUUCACCGUCGUACCACAGUCGCCGCCAGGUGGCGCCGCUCGAGAGCUUGCGGUGGGCGAAACGGCGACGUACAACGUGAACUUCGCGCCGACAACGGCGGCGUGCUUCCAGACGAAUCUCGCCGUUUGCGUCGAGGACAACGACUACGAGAACGCGGCGAUCGUCGUCGCCGGCGACGGCUUCGCCGACGACGUCACGGUCGAGCUCGCGGGAGUCGUCGCGGCAACGGCAGACGCGCGCGCCGCUGCGGAUGCCGUCGUCGUCGACUUCGGCGACUGCGCGGUCGGCGCGGCGCGCUCGCUUGCCGUCGUCAUCGCGAACCAUGCGGCGGCCGCCGACGCCGCCGUGCGCUUCCAGUGGCCCGACCACGCACUCCUCCGCUUCUCGCCGCAGGUCGGCCACCUGCAUGCCGGCUGCUCUAAGGAGGUGACGCUGACGCUCACGUGCGCCGAGCCACGCACGCUCGCCGACGAGCGUCUCGUCUGCCGCCUUACCCGCCUCGCGUUCGCCGCGCCCGUCGAGACGGUGCCGGACUGGGACGACCGGCGACGUGCCGUGCGGUGGGACGAUGAGCAGGUGACCUUGGUGCUAGAUGAGUCUAGUGCUAGUGAGUACCCUAGACUUAGGCUGUCAGGGCAGGGUCUGGAGCCACAGCUGGAAUUCUCACCGUCGGUGCUGGAGUUUGCACCCAUCUUACCCAACGCGGCCGGCAUUGAGACAGAGGUGAAAGUCAGCAAUCCUUGUGACUUCCCCAUCGAGUUCUACUGUCUGGAAAUGGAUCGUCAGUACCUGGAGGAUGAACAGACGCGCGAGCUCCGCGUGAACCGCGGCACCCUCGCCGCGUACGGCGCUCGCAGCCGGGAUCGCGUCGGGGUCGUCGGCGGUCGUCGGCGGCGAAGGCAGUGGCGUUUGGCCGGUUGCAGACUCGCGAUCUCCGGCGGGAACUUGCCGCCGGGCUCCCAGCGGGGAAGCGAGGAGUGCGGCGAUUCGGAAUUAUCCGGCAUCGAUGCGCCAGCACUGACCAGGCCUGACGAUGAUUGUGGAUACGCCGUUCAGAACGCUCGCGCGCGCAGAUGCAGGAAAAACCCCACGCAAUCCGGUGCAUUGCGGAUCUACCCGAAGGUCGUCGAGGUCGAGCCGGAGCCGGCGUGUACGGCACGCGAUGCCGCCGGCACGCUCGAUCUGCUCGUCAGCGCGACGGCCGACUACGCGCGCUUCGCGUGCGCUGCUGCGGACGACGACGACGACGACGUAGAUGCGGUCUCGUUCCGCGACACGUACGUGUUCCGCACGCGGCGGCGCGAGUUCUCGCUCGAGAACACCGGCGCCGUGCGCCUCGCCUACUCCUGGAGCAUUGCGCCAGCAGCCCCCCCUGGCGACGCGAUCGGACGCACGUCGGCUGACUCGCCAUUGCCGGGCAGCGCAACUGGGCGCGCCUCAACUGGGCGCGCGUCGGUGGUAAGGACGCCCGUCGGCGACAUGACCGGACGCACGGCGGUGAGGACGCCCCUCGGGGGCAUGAGUGGACGCACGUCGGCGGAGGCGCCGGCGCCUGGUAGCAGCGUGACCGGACGCGCGGAGCCGGGGUCGCCCGGGGUCGGGGCCGACGACGCGGCGGCCGCGGGUGUAGGCUGUCGCGUCCCGUUCGCGGUGGAGCCGCAGGACGGGGUCGUGUCGCCGGGCGAAACCGUCACGUUCACCGCGUCGUUCUCUCCGCUCCACGUUGACUUUUUCACCGCCACGGCGCAGUGCAGCAUCCCAAACCUGGCCGAUGGCGAGACGGGACCCUGUAUAACACUGAGAGGCAGAAGCCUGCUGCCCUACUGUCACUUUGAGCUGGACGACGAGGAUGCGACCGCGGGGGAGGCUGAUGAGCGGACGGAGUCGGCGGGCGUCGAGCCGGCGGCGCGCGUCGUUCGUCUCGCCGCAGUGGGCACGAACAGCACCGUCUGCAGGACGUUUGCGACGAUUAAUCCGACUAACACGCCUCUGCGCUAUGCGUGGGAGAGCCAGGAGUUGGAUAGCCAAGCUCUAGCACAGCCCUUCAAGUGCCUGACACCUAAGGGAGAGAUCGAUCCCGGCAUGACAUGUCAGAUGAAGUUUGAGUUCACUGCCACCGAGCUGGGGCAGUUGCAGAGCCGCUGGCAGUUUGUGCUGCCAGAGCGAGACAUCACAGUCCCCUUCCUACUGAUCGGCUCCACCAGGGAGCCGAUCGUCAUGUUUGACAAGUCUCACGUCAACUUCAAGUCACUGCUCGUUGGUCAUUCUGCCACUGACGUCGUUCAGCUGUUAAACGAAGAGGAUACACCGAUGCUGUUCUCAUUUGUCGAUGCUUCGCGCUACACGCCGGGCUUCGAAUCUCACGUGGACCUGGCGCCGAUGAUCGGCACUAUACCACCUAAAGAAAAGUUAGCAGUACGUCUGACCUUUACGCCGUCGGUCGAGGGAGAGGUGAACUUCAACCUCGUGUGCAACGUCCGAAUGAAGAUGGCGCCACUGACGGUGAACGCGAAGGCGCGCGGAUACGCACUGACGGCGGAGGUACGCUGCGAGGAUUCAAGCCACAAGAAGGUGCUGCUCACCGACGCCGGGCUCAACACGAUCAACUUCGGAGAGCUCGACGUGAAGGAGGCGGCCGUGAGAGCCGUCUACAUCAGCAACACGGGCAAGCUGCCGCUCGACUACGAGUUUCUGCAGCCGACGCCGCACCCCAGCCUCGCCGUCGACGCGCCGAUGGGCAGCGUCGCGCCGCUCGAGACGGCCGCAUGCACACUCUGCUUCUGCCCGCAGGGUCGAGACACCCUGCGCGAUCACAGGCUCGAUCUGAAGUUCCACAAUGGUCCGACAGUAAGAAUGGUCAUCAACGGCUGUGGAGCCGUACCUAAGUUAGAGAAGUCCUUUACGAAACACGACUUUGGGCCGUGUUUCCUCUACAAGCUUGGCAUGCCGGCGAAGACGGCUGUGCUGAAACUUACCAACCAAGACACACGUGAUAUUGGACUAGACUGUCUGCACGUUAGCAAUGGCUGGCUCGAGAUGGAUUUCCAAGCACAGGUUCUGCCACCAGGGGGCAGCUGUGAGGCGACCUUUACAUUUUGUCCCAGACAGACGUGCAACUACCAGAGUGCUGUUCAGUUUGAAAUAAACGGUCUCUCUAAGUUCACAGUUCAUAUAAAAGGACAGGGCGUGGUGCUGAAGGUUGAGGUGGUAGAUGCAAGGCACAAGACGGUGCGGCUUGGAUCACUGAAGAUCGGACAUGUCGUCAAGAAGGAGGUGUCGAUUGUGAACCGCAGCGUGGCAGCCACCACCUUCCACCUCGCCCUGCAGCCGUCCCAGGCUGCCCUCGAGGACCCGCAAACCCUCGCUCUCUCCCCGCUCGCAGAGGUCACCUUGAAGCCGCGGGCCACCUGCGACGUGGAGGUCAUCUUCUCUCCGAAGACAAGGAUCGUUCCCUUCAGCGAGGAGGUGGCAUUGGAGUCAGAGGGCGUGUACCUGCCUCUGUUCAUGUUGAUGGGCAGCUGUCAGGGUCUGGAGGUUGGUCUGGACACAGCUUCUGUGCCAUUCGGUGCCGUCGUGCUCAACAGCCAGAGUGUGCGCACCGUCGUCAUGCACAAUACAGGCGACAUCGGCACCAAAUUUCGUUGGGACACAGCAGGGUUUGGUGCUGACUUCUCUAUCGUGCCACUCACGGGCUACGUGUCACCCGGCAUGGACGUGACCUUCACAAUAACCUUCCACCCGAAAGCUGUGUCGCAGGACAUCAGGCGUGAGGGGUUGAAGUGUCGGAUUGAGGGAGGGAGGCCUCUACUACUGACCCUCACAGGGGUCUGUGUCAGCGUGUGCCCCUGGAGGGAAGUACUCUCAUUCAACGCUCACGUCAGACAGAAGGACACAAAGUCGAUCAACAUCCCAAACAAGAGCUCCACGUCGUGGACACUGAAGCCAGUCAUCGACGGUGAGCAGUGGAGUGGCGCAGAGACAGUCUUUGUUGAGGCUGGACACACGUGCGCGUACGAGCUCACCUACCUGCCACUGACGAUGACCACUAUCGACAAAAAACAUGCGGGAUCCAUAUUCUUUCCACUCCCGGAUGGCAACGGACUUCUCUACAACGUGUCAGGAUUGGCAGACCAGCCGAGGUGCAGCGGCAAGAUUCAGCGCGAGGUGCCGUGCAAGACGUCGUACACAGAGCUGCUGCGCGUGCAUAACUGGCUGAGCCGAGCACAGAGAUUUAAGGUGACCAUUGAGUCACAGAAGCUAGAGCGGUUAGAAAGCACGACCAUCAAGGGCCUGGACUACAUUGAUGUGCCAGGCAACAGCAAGGACUACAAACUAAACUUUUACGCAUACAAAGAAGGCACGGCGACUGUUAAGGUGAUGUUUCGCAACGAGAAGACGGGUGAGUAUCAGUGGUACGAGGUGAGCUUCCGCGCGACGCGACCUGGCUACAUCGGCACCGUGCAGCUGAGCACGGCGGCGCGGCGUGGCCUCGCACACGCGCUCACGCUCGAGAACCCGCUCCCCGGCACGUCGACGUUCACUGCCAGCUGCGCGUUGCCGGAGGUUCUGAUGCCUGCACAGCUCUCCGUGCCACCGCUGUCCGAGGGUCACUUCAGGUUUGAGUACCUGCCCAUCAAGCAGGGAGAGGUGACAGGUAAGCUGGAGCUAACGAGCGCCGACCUCGGGCAGUACCUGUACGAGCUCAAGCUCACCUGCACGGCGCCGCUGCCGGAGAGGCCCGUACAUUUCAGCACCUGCCUCGGCUCUCAUCAGGUGCUGCCCAUCCGCUUCCUCAACUUUGCGAGGCAGAAGAGCGACUACCAGUGCAAGGUGAACAACGGCGACUUCAGCGUGGACAAGUCGGUCAUGGCGGCGCCGGGCUCGGCCGUCGGCACCGAGGUGACGCUCGACGCCCUCUAUGAGCCAUCGCAGAUCGGCGAGACGCACGCGCUGCUCACGAUCAGUUCGCCCGUUGGCGGCGAGUACACGUUCCCCCUGGUGGGCACCUGCCUGCCGCCGCGGCCGCAGGGUCCCAUCACGGUCAAGGCUGGCCCGUCGUCGUCCAUCGUGUUCCGGAACGUGCUGCCGGCGGCGACGACGUUCGCCUUCGUCGUCGACAAGCCGUGCUUCAGCGUCGGCCGCACGUCGGACACGAUCCGACCGCGCCGCGACCACAAGAUUAUGCUGUCGUUCGACGCUAGCCAAGCGAAGGCGCCGGUCACCGGCAAGCUGACCGUUAUGACCGUCCAGUCGGCGGGCAGCGGCGGCGGCAGCAGCAACAUCAGCUGGGUGUACUACCUCAGGGGCGUGCCCGUCUAGACUCUGUUGAAGGUGGUGUUACGUGCGACAGUCGCGUGUGCGUGUGCGUGCGUGUGCGCGUGCGUGUGUGUGUGUGUGUGCGUGUAUGUAUGCGUGCAUGUGUCUGUCUGUGUAUGUGUGUGAGCGCGUGCGUGCGUGCGUGCGUGUGUGUGUCGUAAUGUAUUAACCUAGGUUGGCUGUUAAAGUUUACAGAAAUUGUAAUAAACGUGUUUACAGUUA